CAGCAGUAGCCAAAAAUCAGAUGUAUUUGAAUUGGGCAUUGAAGGCAUUUUUGAAAUCCUUCACAUUAAAAUAAAUCCUAAAGUCAUUCUUACCGAUGGUGAUCUAGCGGAAAGAAACGUAUUACGUAAAUAUUGGCCGUGUCCUCGAAUUUGUUAUUAUGUACAUUCCAUGUCCUAAAAGCAUGUUGGCGUUGGCUAAUGAUGGCACAACAUUCUGUACCAAAAGAAAAAACAGCAAUUUUAUGUCAUGGUCAAAAAUAUUUUAUAUUCUAAAACUAGCACAGACCUCGAAAAUUCAAAGCAAGACUUUUUUGAGAAUUGUGAACAUGAAAACUUUAAAACAUAUGUUGAGAACAUGCUAACAAGAAUAGAGGAGUGGGCAGUUUUCUAUCGACAAGACCUUCCAUUGAGAGGUACAGAUACAAAUAACUAUACAGAAGUCAUGUUUCGCUUAUUGAAAGAUAUUCCACUGAAACGCAAAAAAGCUUUCAACGUAAAUUAGCAGAUUUUGUUGUUACAAGCUUUGAAUCAUAUUAUAAACAACGAAUUCUAGAUUUAAUCUUUGGUCGAGAGUCAAAAGUUGUUACCUCUCGGUACCUAAAAAACUAUAACACGAAUUGUAAAAUUAUGUCAGCAAAUAUGGAGCAGAUGGAGUUUACCGUCCAAAGUAAAACAAACAAUCAACUAAUUAACAGGGUUGAUAUGUUAUGUUGCAAAUGUACGUGCCCUGUAGGAUUUAACGGCAAAUAUGGCAAGCAUAAAGCAUUAGUGAUUAGGAACUACAAUAUUUUAUCGGUUUUAAACAACCUGUCGACAAACGCUAAAUUAAAAUUGUACGAAAUUGCAACUGGCAAUAUUGCACCCGAAAGAAUAUUUAUUCCACUACAAAAUACAGAAAUAACCUACUUUGGAGUGUGCGUUACCAUCAUCAUCUAUUACGCCACACAAAAAUGAAAUAUCUUUAUUUAGAAAUGGAAUAAUGCAGCUUAAUAAUGAAACGUGCUUGCCUUCAGAAAGUGAAAUUGCAGAAUUAAAAGAUAAAUAGAUAUCGUAUUCUAAUGAUAUAGUUAGUAAACUUGAACAAGAUCCUCAACAAUUUUAUCCUGCUAUUUAAGUAAUGUAGAUAAAUAUGCACACACCACUACUGCAUUACUCAGUGGAAUGCAUUCAAAUAUAAAGGCAUUUCUUCAAAAAAUAGGACUUCUGCCAUAGCAACUCGCCGCAAAGGAAAUAAAAUUCCUAUUCAACCAACGUCAGUAGCAAGAAAAAAAUUGGGGG